AUGGUAUCUCACGGUAUCAAGUUUGUCUUUUGGCGUUUUGUUUUGGCCGUUGUGGUUAUUGUAAUUUUCACUCCAAAGUUUAGUUCCGCCAAACAAUCUAAGUUAGUGGGCUUGAAAAUGAAUAUGAUUGAUCGAUGUUGGAGACCGAAUCCUGAAUGGAGGAGGUAUCGACAACAACUAGCUUUUUGCUCUAUUGGCUAUGUUGGAAAAAUGAUAAACAAUGUUGGUAAUGAUCUCAUACAUUAUAAAGUUAUUGACUCAAAUGAUGAUCCUAUAAACCCCAAACCAGGUACGUUGAGGUACGGAGCUUCUGUUAUUCAAGGUAAAGUGUGGAUCACAUUCCAAAAAGACAUGAACAUUAAACUCAUGAAACCUCUUCUCAUUAGUAGUUUUACCACCAUUGAUGGUCGAGGUGCUACCGUUCACAUUGCUGAUAAUGCAUGCUUGAUGAUAUAUAAGACCACCAACAUAAUUAUUCACAAUAUUCGAAUUCACCACUGCAAAGCUCAAGCCCCAGGGAUGGUGAUGGGGCCUAAUGGAAAGGUAAUUUCUUUGGGCCAAGUAGAUGGAGAUGCAAUAAGAUUGGUUACCGCUUCAAAAAUUUGGAUUGAUCAUAAUACACUUUAUAGUUGUGAAGAUGGUCUUCUUGAUGUUACACGAGGUUCUACUGAUGUGACAAUAUCAAAUAAUUGGUUUAGAGAACAAGAUAAGGUUAUGCUUCUUGGACACGAUGAUGGGUAUGUAAGAGACAAAAACAUGAAAGUUACUGUUGUAUACAAUCAUUUUGGACCUAAUUGCAACCAACGAAUGCCAAGGAUUCGUCAUGGAUAUGCACAUGUAGCCAAUAAUCUUUAUUUGGGGUGGAUGCAAUAUGCAAUCGGUGGAAGCAUGGGACCUAGCCUUAAGAGUGAAGCUAACCUUUUCAUAGCACCAAAGGUUGGGAGUAAGGAGGUAACAUGGAGAAAAGAUGGUUAUAAAAAUGUAGAUAAGUGGGAGUUUUAUUCAGUAAGAGAUGCUUUCGAAAAUGGGGCCUCUUUUGUGGUAACAAAAGGAGGAAGUGUGCCAAAACCGAAUUAUAACAAAGAACAAGGAUUUAAAGUUGUUGACGUCAAAUCUGUUAGAUCAUUGACAAGAUCAUCAGGCGCAUUUCGAUGUAGUAGAACCUCUAUAUGUUAAACACAAUAUAUAGAAGAACAGUCUUCAAAGAAAUCGUGCAUAACUCUGUAAAACAAAAGAAAAAGAAAGAAAAAAAGUCUACAUCACUAAUAUGAAAUUUAAACCCAAUAAAUGAUGAGGUUUUUUCAUUCUCAAAUGUAUGAAAACUCUAUUGUAUCAUAACUUUCGAUUCUCUAGCCUUGUAAUUUAUUUUAGGACUCUAUUGUAAUUUAAAUACAUGAGUAUGUUUAUUAGUGUAAUCAAAAGUAUGUUAUCAAUGGAAUGCAAAAAAUAAUUCUAAACACAAAUGUGGUUUGUACGUCAUAUUACUUAUAUUUUAGUAAAUAAUUGAUUACUCUUCCUCGUA